UUCACCCCCAACCAAAUGGCACUUGAUGUUCCGAUUGACUCCACAGCUGGAAUAAAGAUGCUGUACGUGUUUGUCGAUAUCAAAAUCGACAGUGCGCAUUUCGUCGACACAGUUCGAUUCAACUUUCCCAAGGGGUCAGCGCUUGCUCUGGUCAGCACCAUCCAGUUUGUGACUGCGCUGCAGUCCACCAGCCAGGAACUGCAAUCAGAAUACGAUGUGUGCGUCCCGCAGUGUAAACCACUGUCGCCAGGAGAAAUUCUGGGAUGUACCUCACCUCGCAUUGAAAAACCCGUCGGGGCCAUCAUUUACCUUGGUGACGGGCGCUUCCACCUGGAAUCCAUCAUGAUCGCGAACCCCAGUGUCCCGGCCUACAGAUACGACCCUUACAGCAAAGUGCUGACCCAUGAGUUCUACGAUCAUGAAGCCAUGCAGGCAAUCAGGAAGGACGCAAUAGCGACGGCUGCAAAAGCAACAAUGUGGGGCCUGAUUCUCGGAACACUUGGGCGGCAAGGAUCACCCAAGAUCAUGGAGCACGUGGAAUUCCAGCUCCGGACUCUCAAAGUGCCGUACAUCAUUGUACUGUUAUCCGAGAUCUUCCCAGACAAACUCCGGCUUUUCCAAGAGGUCGAUGCAUGGGUCCAGGUUGCCUGUCCGAGACUUUCCAUUGACUGGGGAAAGGCCUUUUCCAAACCCCUGCUCACUCCGUAUGAGGCGGCAGUGGCUCUCAAACAGAUCGAGUGGCAACAUCAAUACCCGAUGGAUUUCUACGCCAACCAAUCACUCGGUCCGUGGACUGUCAAUCAUGUGACUCAUCAAACCAUAAGGAAGAGCAGCAAGGCUAAGGAGGGGAAGCCGACGGAGGUACAGCCCACAGCCUCAGUGGGGCAAUGCAAAGACCAAAGCUGCCAGCGGGAGAGAGCAUGUAAAAAUCAGCUGGAGGAACACUGUCUCCCUCCAAGGCAGUGACGAGGCAACUAUGAGCCUGACCUUUGACGGUACACCAGAGGGAGCGAACAACAGGAGGAACCGAGUCAAGAUAAAUGCGGGCCAUCCAGUCCAGUUCAGCACACAGUUCAGUUUGACUUUGAUGUUUGUUCAGCUCCUGUUUGAUGGUGCUGUGCAGAUUACAUAGUUCUGAAAAUUCCAGCAUUCCUGUGUUUCAGGGAAUCCACAUCCCUGGAAAUAACCAAAGUGGGGGGACUCUGGGCUGGUUUCAAAGUAGCUUUCAAUAAAAUGUGAAUGAAUCGGA